CACACGGAAACAGCUCUCGCUCCCAGGCUCUGCUUCCCUCCCAGCACGGGGGAAAGAAUUCCCGUUUUUCCAGCCGGCUUUCUUGGGAACAGGAGGCCAGUCACGAGACACUGAGAGGCGGAGGGUGAGCAGGGAGGGGGGAGUGCUGUGGGUCUGUGCUGGAGCUGCUGAUACUGCUGCUGUGAUCUCUGUGUCUCUUGCUCACAAUGGCUUUUGUAUGAGAGGCGCGUAAGGCAGUCAAUAGGCAGCUGUUUGGAGGAGACCGGGAGGUACAGCAGGCAGACACUCAGACAGACAGACCGAGGGCAGACAGAUGGCCACAGAUCCCAUAUACGGUCCUUUCGAAGACCUUCGGUGGACCCUGCCAUGGCAAUAGGACUCACAGCAAACAGCCAGAGGAACGUCAGCUGCAGAGAGGCAAGGGAAGGAAGGAGAGUCUCACCCCUGCAUCCCUGACUGUCCACGCACACAGACAGACAGUGACACACACGGAGACAUUCACAGACACAGACAGACAGACAGUCAUAUACACACAUAUGCAUACAUACACACUCACGCACACACACACGGACACACUCACAAACAGACAGACAGGCACUCACACUACCACAUAUAGAAGGUUCCUUCAUGUUUGAGGGAGGUGUCGGAAGGUGGAUACUGGGAUCAGGAAGCAGCAAAACACGCAUCUCUCCUGUACCUCCCCUGGUGAGGGUCUGGUCAGCUGAGUAGGACCGACUGUGAAGGAGGACAGAUGCAAGUGGCCUGACUGCUCUAACACCCACACAGCGACGACCCCAAUUGGGCUCUCACCCCAAUCCCAGACAAACACCCACCCUCACAAACUGACAAGCAACACGGCUGGACUGGGAGCUAGGGCGAGUACACUGCCUGUUGGAACAGACCAUACCAUGCCACUGCCCACCGGAUCACCAAACUCCACUGAACCUACUCGAGAAUUGGGGCAGCGCUCCUCCUGAUGGUGGCCCGUAGUAUGGAUAAUCUGGAUGCCCCGGGGGAUCUGCCUCGCUCCCAGACUCGGGGAAAGAGUGUGAAAAGGCCAUCCAUUGUGAAGGGUCACUUCCCGAAGCUGGCUGACUGCGCUCACUUCCAUUAUGAGUAUGUGGACCUGCAGAACAUCCAGCUGGCUCUAGCCUCCCAACCUGCAGACACCAGUCGCAAUGGACUGACACUGAGGGAAUCUAUCUUCCUGGUUCAGGUCGUCUCUCAGGGUAGGGGCUGGCUGGUCAGGAGAAGUUAUGAAGACUUCCAGACAUUGGAUUCUCUCCUCCAUCAGUGUAUCUACGAUCGGAGAUUCUCACAGCUCCCAGAGCUGCCCCCAAUCCACACACUCAACGAUGACGCUGAGAUCAUCCACAAUGUGUUGAUGGACUACCUGGGCCGGUUCACCAGCAUUGCUGAUAACAAAAUCAACUGUGGUCCCAUUCUGACCUGGAUGGAGAUCGAUAAUAAAGGGAAUCGCCUGUUGGUUAAUGAUGAGGCUGUCAUUAAUGUACCAGCCAUCGCUGCUGCUCAGGUGAUCAAACGGUAUAUCGCUCAGGCUAGUGAUGAACUCUCCUUCGAGGUGGGGGACAUUGUCUCUGUCCUGGACAUGCCUGCGAAAGAGGACACCUCCUGGUGGAGAGGGAAGCAUGCAUUCCAGGUCGGAUUUUUCCCGAGUGAGUGCGUGCAGCUGAUCUGUGAAAAACUCAAUCCGUCAAACUCCCCAGGCGCAUUGAAAGCAGAUUCGGAAGUAAAUGCAGUGAUGACAGGGGCUACAGACCCACCGUCACCUACGUCAGUCUGUAAGAAACGUGGGAAAUUGAUGGGAUUACUUCGGAACUUCAUAAAAUCUCGUCCCAGUCGCCAGAAGCUGAAGCAGCGAGGAAUUCUGAAGGAGAGAGUUUUUGGAUGUGACCUCGGAGAGCACCUCCUCAACUCUGGCCUGGAUGUGCCUCAGGUAUUGAAAAGUUGCUCCGAGUUCAUUGAGGAAUUUGGGAUCGUUGAUGGGAUUUACCGAGUGUCAGGAAUCUCAUCCAAUAUCCAAAAACUACGGCAUCAGUUUGAUUCGGAUCAGAUUCCAGAUUUGAGGAAGGGGAUUUAUCUUCAGGAUAUUCACUGCGUGAGCUCGCUCUGCAAGCUCUAUUUCCGGGAAUUACCCAACCCACUGCUCACCUACCAGCUGUACGACCCUUUCGCGGAUGCUGUGUGCUCACAGACUGUUGAUGAGAGGCUCCAGAAUGUUCACAAUGUGAUUCAGCAACUGCCCCCUCCUCACUACAGGACUCUCCACUUCCUCAUGGCACACCUGAACCGCCUGGCAAAACACAGCGCAGCGACUAACAUGCACAUCAAAAACCUGGCGAUCGUGUGGGCUCCCAACCUGCUCCGCUCCAAGGAGAUCGAGUCGGUGGGAUUUAUGGGGACUGACGCAUUCCAGGAAGUGAGAAUUCAGUCCAUUGUGGUGGAAUUCCUGCUUCGACAUGUGGACAUCCUGUUCAGUGACACGUUCAGCUCUGCAGGAAAGGAGAACUCUGGCCACAACGACCUGAUCCAACCUAAGUCCACGGUGAAGACCCCAGUGUCGAGCCGCCUUUUGUCCCUAGAGGAAGCCCAGGCUCGCUCAUUGACCCAAGGAGACGAGGGAUCGGUUCCAGUGUAUGAGCAACUCCGGCCCCUCAAUACUGGAAUGGAGAGGUCAAGAGGUGGUGGAAAGAUCCGGAAACCUGGUGCAUCAAGCUGGAAAAGCUUCUUCACCACAGGGAAGGUAUCUGUCUUAUCCAGAAGGAAAUCACAACCGGAAAUGUUCAAAAUCACAAAGACAGGAACAGGUUCUCAAGGAGAGACGGUCACCCUAAGGUCCGUGAAGAGUGAGGAGUCUCUGACGUCACAGCACAGCGCGACAGGCCCCCUGCGAUGUGCAAAUUUCCGUGUCUAUCAGGUCAGUGGUGAAGAGAUUCCUGUGUCGGAGCCGGUCGUGGGAAGCGAGGAUCCGGAUGAUAUCUAUGCGCUCCCGGACCCCGAGCAGGGAGUCACGGGUUCCAAUCCGAGCCCUGAGCUUUGCCCCAACUCCCCAGACAUCUCGAGCCCCGUCUCCAUCAGCGUCCCGGCUGAAGUGCUCCAGAUGCUGGGCAGCUGGGCUGGUGAGCCCCCGGCUUCAACCUGGUCAUCUGGGCAGACCAUCUCUCUGCUCCUGGAAUCCCGGCAACUCCACUCUGCAGACAACGCAGAGAAGGAAACUGGCCCAAACCUUGAGGAGCGAGGGGACAGAGCCGGACAGGAGUUAUUGCGGAUGCUGGAUGAUCAGCCAGUGAUAUAUUACCAGACCAUGGCCUCAGUUGCCAUGCCCACGUCCUGUCACCUUCCUCCUCCGCCUCCUUUGAAAAACGCAGCCAGGCUAAUGUCUCUGAAGCUGAUGGAGCAAGCCCACCAGGUCUACCUGCAGUCAGAGCCGGUAUCAGAGCAAAGCCUGCUCCACGACAGGGGAACGGGUCCAGGGACGGACAGUCACCAGGAGCAGGACGAGGCCAGAGCUCUCUACACUACAGUGCAUGCCAUCAGGAAAGCAGUUAUUCCAAACCUCUCCCCAUGUCACACCAACGUCAGCAAUGGGGGACAACAUAACCAGCUCACCACUCAGGAGCUGCGUACCCUGGCUGGUCCGCCUGUCGAUGUGUGUCGUUCUGGGAGUGUGCGGCUGACGCAGUCUGUCCGAGGGCCCAUCGCUCACUGCCGUGUGGAGGAGUCUGUCCCCCUCCUCUGUGCUACCUCUCGGUCCUACUGCCCUUCCGGCCUGACCUCUACCUCCUGCCACCGCCCCCUCGAUUUUGCCCCGUUCCCCUCUGAUCGAGCAAGGCGUCAACUGGCACUGGAAACUCCUCAGGCUGACCCUUGCCCCCGGGGGUCCCUCCGUCAGCUCAAGCUGGAGGGAUCCCUCCCACAGAACCGUGUUCCCCAUCGACGCUGUCCCUCGGACCACCAACACCGUCGGUGCCCACCUUCUGCUGUCCUUCCGGAGCAUCCCACUCCUGGGUCCUCUCCCCCGGGGACAGAGGAGGAGGGGAAUGGGAGCGAUGUUUACGCUGAGAUUGCCCCUGACCCUGGGCACUGUCGCCCCCAUGAGGGUGUGGUCCAUGCCCCCUUUCUCCUGCUCCCUCCAGGUUGUGUCCGCGCCUCGGCCCCUGGGGUCCCUGUGCCCCGCUGGCCCCUCACCCUUCCCUCCCACUCUUGUUUCGCGUUUCCCCGGUGCCCCAUCCCCCACUGCCCUCCCAACCCUGAGCCCACCUAUGCCAACGUGGGGCCACCGCACUUUACCCCCGAAAUACCCGUUCCCCGCCCCCUCCCCUCGGCCGAGUGUGCCUGUUGUCAUUCCCGGGAAGACCCUUUGCCUUCUCGGGGCCUCAGACCCGUGGUGGACAUUCCUGGGGGUGAGCCAUCGCUGUCUGCGUACGCCCGGAGCCGCUCAGAGCCCGCUGUCCGUGUCCCUCCCCCACCAGGCACGGCCCCUAACCCCCACGCACACUCUGAGUAUCUGCCCCCUAACCCUUACCCACCGGGUUACAACCGUGGCCUGGGGCGAUUCCGAGGGGACCCACAGCGGCUGAGGCGUUGCCAGGGCCCCCCAGGGGUGCUCUCCCCGCCUCCCUCGGGCCGGCUGCAAGGUCUGGGUUACAGACCGCCCCGGGACAGCGUCUCUCCCAGACAUCUGAUCCGGAACGCCCUCUCUCACCGACCUGGCACCGUCCUCCUCUCCGGUCGUUAUGCCAACCUCCCCCUCAGUGCACCCCCCCACCUCAGCCUGUACCGGUCCUGCAGGGGAGGUUCCCAGAGGCAGGCAGAGCGUCCUCCUCCCUGGGGGCACCGAGGGGAUGAGGCUGAGAGGAGUUUCUGCUGAUACAGCUGCAGGGAGAGGAGGAGAGCGGAGGGGGCUUUGAUCUGAGCCUCAUCACUGGGGACAGGGAGGCUCUACAUUCCCCCUCACUUCCUCAAGCUCACAUCUCCCACACACACCCCAUCCUCCCACACCAUCGGUACCCCCUGCCCCCUCUCUCCAUGUGUGUGUGUCUCUCUCUCUCUCUCUCCCCCCCCCCCACUCUCUCUGUCUCAAAAAACGAAGCACAGUACAGCAGAGGAAUAGACCCUUCAGCCCAUCGGGACUGUGUGGCACAUGAUCCCAUUCUGAACUAAAACCCUUUUCCCCCUCAACUGCCUCUUCAUGUGUCUGUAAAAAUGCCUCUUAAACGUUGCUAUUGUAUCCACCCCAUCCUCUGGCAGCAUAUUCCAAACACUUACCACCCUCUCUGUAAAAUAACCGGCCUCUCACACCUCCUUCACACUUACCCACCGCCCCCAUCACCUUAAACCUCUGUCCCACCCCAAGUAAUCAACAUUUCUCCCCUGGGAAACAGACUCCCACUAUCCUUUCUCUCCCAGUGCCCUCUCAUUAUUUUGUAAACCCCUACCAGAUCGCUCCCUCAGCCUCUGACAUUCAAGUGAAAAUGCACCAAGUUAGUCCAAUCUCUCCUCAUCGCUAAUUCCCUUCCAACAAGGCAACAUCCUGAGAAAUUGUUUCUGAACCUUCUCCAAAGCUUCCACAUGCUGUUGGGAGUGAGGCAGCCAGAACUGGACACAAUAUUCCAAAUGUGGCCUCACUGAAGUUCUAUACAGCUGUAACACAACUUGCCGAUGUUUACACCGUACGCUCCGGCCGAUGAAGGGUAACGUGCGCUACCCCUUCUUGACCAACUUAUUCACUCGUGUUGCCCCUUUCAGGGAACCCAGAUCCCUCUGUGUGUCGAGGCUGCUGAGGGCUCUGCCAUUUCCUGUUUACUUCCCUCCUGCAUUAGACCCUCCAAAAUGCAACACCUCGGAAUUGCCCAGAUUAAACUCCACCUGCCGUUUCUCCGCCCAAGUCUCCAGACUAUCUCUAUCGUGCUGGAUCCUCUGGCAAUCCUCCUCACUACCCACCUCUCCCCUCAAUCCGCAAACUUACUAAGCAGGCUACCGACACUUUUUGCCCAAAUCAUCUAUAUAUACUGUACACCCCGGGGGUCCCAGCACUGAUCCCUGAGGAACACCACUGCUCACAGAUCCCCGCUCAGAAAAACAUCCUUCCACCAUAACUCUGUCUCCAGUGACCAAGCCAGUCCUGUGUCCGUUCUUUUUUUCCCUCUCUCUGUCUCCCACUCUUUCCCCUUCUGUGUCUCAACUUCCCUCUCACCUGCCUCUCGCCCUUACUUUCCCUCUCGCCACUUCUCUUCCUGUCUCUUUUUCCGACUCUCCAACUCUCGUUCUCUGACACUCUCUCAUUCCCUCCCCUCACUCCUCGAUCUGUCUCCUUGCUCACUUUGUGUGUCUCUCUUCUCUAUCUCUGUCUCCUCCCUCUAUCGCUGUAACUUUCUCCAUCCUCUCCCUCGCUUCUGUCUCCUCCCCCCAUCUCUCCACCUCCUCCUUCCUUCUCUCUCCUACCCCUUCUCUGUUUCACUCUCCUCCCUCUCUAAAUUUCUCUAUUUGUCUCUGUAACCUCCCUUGCUCCCUCUGUCUCCACCCUCUCUCGCCCCCUUUCUCACUCUGCCUCCUCCCUCCCUCAUCACUCAAACAUCAACAGGAUCACCCCCCCACCCCCCCUUUCCAAUACAGAGGUGAGAGUUUUACUCUGUAUUUAACCCCAAGCUGUCCCUGUCCUGGGAGUGUUUGAUAGGAGGCCGGG